UUUGGCGUUUUGCCAAAGUGGUAGGUGGCAGCGUUUUGGCUGCUGGCCUUGCCGUGGUAGCGAUGACCGUGGCUGUGUCGGCAAUUGGUUUCACCAGAGAGGGGAUUAAGAAAGGGUCCCUGGGUGCAGGUAUGAUGUCUUGGGAAGCAAAUGAUAGAGGAGGCGGAGUGGUGGCGGGCGGUCCGGUGUCAACGCUACGGAGAAUAGGAGCUGUUGGUCUAUCUGGGACUGAAAAAUCUGUCAUUGGCACCAUAGCAGGGGGAUUAUUUGCCUUGAUAAGUUUAAGUAUGGAGCCAUCAGACACAGAAGACGAAGAAUAUGAAAGCUGGAGGAUUGAAAGAUAGCAUGCAUGAAGAAAGAAACCAUUGUGAGAUAUGUAUUAUAAGGAUCGUAAAAUGAAUGCUAUGUUCUGGCCGUGCUUCCAUGCAUUUUUAUGCUUGUCAGCAAUGUGCUACUAGGCUAAAUAAAUGCCCAAUCUGUAAGUAGGAGUAUUCUACGUUAUUGUACGAAAAAAAAUCUACAAAAUUCCUAGAAAGAAACUGUGCAACUGAAAAACACGGACUCCCUCAUUGCCUAAUUGCCUUAUCUAAUUCAAUUACCUUUUGUUUAU